AUGCCCCGCUCUGGCACCGCGGUUGUGCCCCUCUUUCGCACCUUCCUAUAUCGAGCACCCAAUUCACCUCCACCUUCCCUAUUCGCUCUACGUCGUGUGCGCUCUCUACCGCAGGCACCGCAGGUAACCGCACUUCGCCUGCCACCUUCUCGCGCAUUCUCUUCCACCUCAAUCACACGAUCUGACAAGCCUGUUUGGCCUUACCUGUACAAAGCUUUCGACAAGAUGGCGCACCUAGACCCUUUCUUCAAGCAGGUAGAUAGCCUUCAAGGCAAGUUCAUCGAGAGGCUGAGGGAGGCUGUGGCUAUCCCUAGUAUCAGCUCUGAAGAUGAGAGGAGGCCAGACGUUGUCAAGAUGGGCCAUUGGCUCGCAGACCAGAUCAAGGCCCUCGGUGGCACCGUUGAGCUUCGCGAACUCGGCAAGCAGCCCGGCCGUGAGCACCUCGAUCUCCCUCCCUGCCUGCUAGGUCGCUACGGCGAGGACCCCAAGAAGCCUAACGUCCUCAUCUACGGCCACUACGAUGUACAGCCCGCGCAAGUGUCAGACGGAUGGUCGACCGACCCGUUCACGCUGAGCAUCGACGAGAAGGACCGCAUGUAUGGACGUGGUUCCACCGACGACAAGGGUCCUGUUCUGGGCUGGCUCAACGCGAUCGAGGCACACCAGAAGGCAGGCGUCGAGCUUCCGGUCAACCUGAUCAUGUGCUUUGAGGGUAUGGAGGAGAAUGGCUCAGAGGGCCUGGACGACACUAUCCGCGCAGAAGCCAAGAAAUUUUUCAAGGACACCGAUGUCGUGUGCAUCUCGGACAAUUACUGGUUAGGCACCGAGAAGCCAUGCCUGACCUACGGUGUCCGCGGCUGCAACUACUACGCACUCGAGAUUUCAGGACCCGGACAGGAUCUCCACUCCGGUGUUUACGGUGGCUUGACCCACGAGCCCAUGACCGACUUGGUUCGCAUCAUGAAUUCGCUCGUGGACCCCAACGGCAAGAUCCUCAUUGAAGGUAUCCAAGACCUUGUAGCACCCCUGACAGACGAGGAAGCGGCACUGUACCCUCCCAUCGCUUUCACCAUGGACGAUUUGCACCAGUCGCUGGGCAGCAAGGUCUCGAUCUACGACAACAAGGAGGAUUCGCUCAAGGCCAAAAUGCGCUACCCUUCGCUCUCUCUUCACGGCAUUGAGGGUGCUUUCUACACUCCUGGUGCAAAGACAGUCAUUCCGGCCAAGGUCAUUGGCAAGUUCUCUAUCCGAACGGUGCCAAACAUGGAGAUCGAUGCUGUCACACAGCUCGUUGAGAAGCACGUCAACGAGGAGUUCAAGAAGCUCAACUCAAAGAACACUUUCAAGUUCCACAUUGUACACGGCGGAAAGUGGUGGGUUGAGGACCCGAACCACCCCAACUAUACCGCUGCGGCAAAGGCCGUCGAGCGCGUAUUUGGCGUCAAGCCAGACAUGACCAGGGAAGGAGGUAGCAUCCCGGUCACCCUCACCUUCCAGGAGGAGCUGGGCAAGAAUGUCCUGUUGCUGCCCAUGGGUAGCUCAACCGAUGCCGCACACUCAAUCAACGAGAAGCUUGACAAGCGGAACUACAUUGAGGGAACCAAGCUUCUUGGAGCGUACUUGCACUAUGUUGCAGGCGAGCUGAAGCGUAACUAG